AUGCGGCAACGAGAUCCCGAAUAUUUUGAGGAUACUAUCCGCAUGAGCCCUACAACAUUCGAUCUGUUACUCAGUAAAGUAAACCAUCGCUUGGAAAAAUUCUCAUUCCGCAAACCGAUAUCACUGAGCUGCAGAUUGUUUCUAACUCUUAUGUAUCUGGCUCAUGGGACUCCGGUAGCGAUUCUGGCAAGACUUUUUAAAAUUGGUGAAUCUACCGUGAGGAACAUUACUUUGGAAGUGUGUCAGGUGCUAUGGGACGUUUUAAAGCAGGAGUACAUGCCUGUUCCCACUGAACAGGACUGGAGGAAGUAUGCUGAGGAAUUUUAUGAGAAAUGGAAUUUUCCAAACUGCUGCGGAUCAAUUGACGGAGAACACAUUGCCAUACAAUGCCCUGCUAACAGUGGAUCAGCUUUCUUCAACCAUAAAGGCUUCCAUUCCAUUGUUUUAAUGGCUGUUUGCAGUGCAAACUAUGAAUUUUUGAUGGUGGAUAUCGGUGGAUUUGGUGGGAAUAGUGAUGGUGGAAUAUUAUCUGCCAGCGAGUUUGGGAAACGAUUAUUGCAAAAUAAUCUGAAUUUUCCACGACCAAACAUCCUACCGUAUAGCAGUGUAGAGUUCCCUUUUUAUAUUGUGGGAGAUGCUGCGUUUCCUCUCAAGAACAAUCUAAUGAGACCAUAUCCGGGUAUGAACUUGCCACAUGUAAAGGACAACUUUAACACCCGCCUGAGCAUUGCCAGGAGAACAAUAGAAAAUGCUUUUGAAAUAUUGGUCGCUCGUUGGAGAGUUCUGUCCAAAACUAUAGAUUUGCAACCGACAAAUGUAGUGAUAAUAGCUGAAGCGUGCGUGAUACUACAUAAUUUUUUGAAGAAACAUACCAACGACUAUAUUUCCGAGCAAGAAGGCGAGUUGCGCUCUCAUACUAGUCCGUUGGGAAGCGUUUCAGCUGCUGAAUUACACAUAGGAAACAAUUCGAGCCGCAAUGCGUAUCGCCUGAGAGAUGUAUUAGCAGAAUAUGUUCUAAAUUAUUAA